AUGUCUUCUACAGUCAAGAGCAAAAGGUUCUACCAAUUGCAGCAUCCCAUAGAGUUAUGCCUUGAACAUUCAAUUAGGAAAGCAGAACAAUCAUUGGUCCACGAGAAAAAUAUACAAGUUCAACCAUCAUCAAUGCCUAUGAGACGUCCAUUGCAAGACAUUACUAAUCACCAAGGACUCCACUAUGAGAUACCCAUUAGGCCAAUUAAAAGUGCAAGAUUUCGGAAGCUAUCAGAGCAAUGUUCUUCGAACACUUGUGGAAGCCAAGGUUCCACGUCAUCUGAAUUGGACAGUGAAGGAAAUGGAAGUAACACAGACAAUGAAGAUAAUACCAACAUUCGCACUGAUUCUGGUCAAAUUGUCCUUGCUAUUGCAACUAGCGGUAUUGCAACCACAUUAUUGCCAUCUGGAAGAACAGCACACUCCCGAUUUGCAAUCCCUAUUGAAAUCAAUGAAGAUUCAAUGUGUAAUAUCAAGCAAAACUCUCCUCUUGUUGAACUUUUAUUUAGGACUUCAUUAAUUAUAUGGGACGAAGCACCAAUGAUUAAGCAUCAUUGUGUUGAAGCAUUUGACAGAUCGAUCAGGGAUAUCAUGCAUACAGAUGUUGCCUUUAGAGGGAAAGUUAUUGUCAUGGGUGGUGACUUUAGACAGAUCUUACCAGUGAUCACUAAGGGAACAAGAGCAUAUAUUAUUAAUGCCUCAAUCAAUUCAUCUUACUUAUGGAAUUAUUGCCAAGUUUUCACCUUGACUAGAAAUAUACGACUUUCCUCAUCAUCUUCAACCUAUACUGAGGAUACAAUUAUAACAUUUUCCAAAUGGCUACUAGAUAUUGGAGAUGGGAAGUUAGGAUUACCACAUGAUGGCAUUGCAGAAAUUGACAUCUUGCCCAAUUUGCUGAUCCGAGACUUUACAAAUCCAUUAAAAGCAAUUGUUGAAAACACAUAUCCUGAUCUUAUGCAUAAUCAUGCUGACUCAAAGUACUUUACAGAUAGAGCAAUUCUUAUACCGAUACUAGAUGUCAUUAAUGAAAUCAAUGACUACAUGUGCUCCUUAUUACCAGGCAAGGCGACUACUUAUCUGAGCUCUGACUCAAUCCCAAAAGCAGCCCACAACAAUGAUUCAUUGGAUCCAAUCUAUACCACUUGUUAA